AUGACGGUUGGUUCGACUUUUGGAUGUUCAAGUAUUGAAACAAGGAAAGAAGCUAUGGAAGGAGAAGCAAUUCAAUGCAUUAUUUUUCCCAAAGAUGUGGACUCCUUCAUUGGUCGGCUACAAGAAGGUUUAGUAUACAUUAUCGAAGGAGUGAGUGUUAUUCCCGCGGAUGAAAUAUUUAAAACGGUGCCCCAUCAAUAUCAACUGCAGAUAACCAAAGAAACAGAAUUUAUCGUAUCCGACGAAGAUAACGACGAUUAUCCAACAACUUAUUAUAAUCUCGUGGGAUUGCAUGCAAUUCAAGAUUAUAAUAAAUAUAAAGAACGAUUAAUAGAUGUUAUGGGAAUUCUUGUAUAUGUGGGAAAUGUGAUUCCUCUGGAAAAUAAUUGGUUCCUAAAACAAGAUAUUAUUAUUCUUGAUCAAAGUUGCAUAGCAAUAAGAAUGACAAUUUGGGAUACCUUCAUAUUGGAAAUCGGCAAGCAACUUCUACAAAAAAAAGACCACAUUGUGGUCUUGCUAGCAUGUGGCUGGCAAGUGAAGAACUUCAAUGGUUUAUUUCUAUCAACUGAGAGAUUUAGUCGAUUGUACAUGACACACAAAGAUGCGACUACUAUUAACUUAGUGCAAUGGUAUGCUAAUGAUAACUUUGCUCAAAGGAAGUCAAAGUCCAUUUGUAACAGUACUUUGUCGAUACAUCAUACACUUUUGACAUCAAAUGCUCAUCGUACCACCAUCAAGAAGUUUGGUACCAUAAGGACAGUAAGAAUACUUCAUUGAAACAUGCAUUUUUUCACAAAUUAUAAUCCUUCUCUCUCACUUAAAGCAUACACAAUUCGUUAAAAUUUUAGAUUUGUAUUUUAUUAAUAGAUAUUUAUGUAGUUUUAUUUGCUAACAAAACUUAUUUGGAAUAUAGUGUCAUUUAUAUUUUUAAUUUCUUUAUUUAUUUAUGUGAUAUAGGUGAUCAUGUACCGGGUGUUGGUAGAAUUAGUUGAUAUUGAUGUUAAAAGUUUUUAUUGGUUCGAUGCUUGCUCCGUAUGCAAUAAUGAGCUCACUUAUACCGGUCAUAAUACGGUGUGUUAUGGUUGUCGUAGGCAAAACAUACAAAUUACAGAGGGGUAAUGGAAACUAUUCAUUAUUCAUUUUAUAUGUACAUUUUUCUUAUAUCAUACAAUGACCGAGCUUAAUCAUUUGAAACAUUUACCUCUUAUAAGUGUGUCAAUGAGGAUCAAGAUCAAAUAUUCAACUGGCUCUAUGCGACUCAUACUAUUUACCAAGCAUGUUGAGUUCCUCUUACAAUCUUCUGCAUCACAUUUGGGCUCCGUUUGGUAGGGCGUAAAACGUUUUCAUGGAAAACGAUUUUCCCAUUUUCAAUCAUUUUACGUUGUUUGGUAGGGUAAGGGAUGAAAAAUAAUUUUCCAUGACUCCCUCAAAUGUG